AUGAUGGGCUUAAAUUCGUUUGUGCUUCUGCUGAUUUCGGCUCAAUUUUAUUCGGAGGCUGACGGCUAUAGCCAUCGACACCCGGGCUUUGCCCAACGCUUGCAGAUCAAGCCAGGCUGCUUACAGGUGCCUCAGAUAUACACCGCAGCUCCAACUCCAACGCCGACCAUAAUCUUUUCCUCGUUGGAAGACGUAGGGAUAGAGGGCAUCAGGAGAGCAGAAGCAGAUUAAACAUAUUUCAGAGUAAAUUCCCUCAAGUCUGGAUUCAUUUUCUGGGACUGCUGGCCCUGUUUCUUUUCGCUACCCUGGCUCCAGGGGAUGCUUCCCCCUUCGACGAGAGACG